AUGAUAGCUACCCAUCACAAUUUGUGUUUUCUCUCGGACUCCACCAUUCCAACAUCGCACCACAACAACAAUUCCAGCCACGAAUCAACAGUUUUGAGUUUUUUGGCUUCAAUUUUGAAGCCAGAGAGUGACAUCUUAGCCAGGCUUGAUGCUGCAGUAGCUGAUGGAGCUGAUGUGAUGUCAAUUUCUAUUGAAGAAGAAAACAUGCCUCUUUUUCAAGACAACAUUGCAAUAGCCUCAUUUGCAUCUAUCCAAAAAGGAAUCUUUGUGAGUUGUGCAACAGGGAACUCAGGUCCGUUCAAUGGUACUGUAACAAAUAUAGCUCCAUGGGUUCUAACAAUUGGUGCUAGCACAACUGACAGAAAAAUCAAAGCCACAAAAAAACUAGGAAAUAAUAAGGACUUUGAUGGUGAAUCUUUAUUUCAGCCAAAAGGCUCCCCUUCUUCUACACUUUUACCACUCUUGUAUGCUAGUUCUAAUGAGCAGUUAGUGAAUGAAGUAAAGUUCAAUGAAUAUUCAUUUGUUGUUGUAUCAGCAGGGUAUGAUCGUUCAUUACGUGCCUGGGACUAUAGAUCUCACAGCACUGAGCCAAUUCGGAUCAUUGACACCUUUCUAGACAACGUUAUGUCUAUCUGUUUAACAAAAAUUGAGAUUAUUGCUGGAAGUGUUGACGGAAUUGUACGCACAUUUGACAUCCGGAUUGAUGGAAUAGUAUCUCUCUAUCAAAUGAUGAUCUUCUUUGGGCAGUUGGAGAAGGACAUCUUAUCUUCAGAGUUGCAGCUGACACUCUUAACCAGACUAGCUUAUGAGAAUAAAAAUCAACCAAUUAUACUUCACCAUUGCUUCUGCAUUGAAGCCUUUGCAAGAUGUAAAACAGCUUUGUGUUGUAUUCGAACACGUGGAGAAGCUGCUAACACUUGGAAGUGGCAGUGGGAAUCAAUGGAGUCACCAACACGGGGAGAUUGUGACUCAUAG